AAACUCAUGAUGGAGACCCUGGGGCGGAAGAGUUUGCAGUUCCUUGUGAUGGUAUGCUGGUUUUUCGUGAGCCUGGAAUCCCCUGCAGAGGCUGAAAAUGUUCUAUGCUACAAAACUUUUGAUGAAAUCUCAGGGACUUGCAAUAACUUAUUGGGAGAUGAAGUUGCCCAGGAAGACUGCUGUCUAAACCAUGAAUAUGGUUUCCAGUCGACUGAGCAAGGGCCCUGCCAGUCCUGCCGCGAAGCUAAGUGGAGUCAAUGGACCUCAUGGAGCGCAUGCUCUGUCUCCUGCACUGAAGGUGUCCAGCGGCGCAGUCGUGUAUGUUAUGGCUUACCUUCAGAGCCGAUGGAAUGUCCAAGUGGUAGACGUGAGCGGGAAAUGAAGUCUUGCCUUCUGAAAGAAUGUUGCCCUAUGAUGGGUGGAUGGUCAGAAUGGAGUGCCUGGAAACCUUGCUCAGUGACCUGUCGAACUGGAACCCAGUUAAGGGAACGAACUUGCACCAAUCCAACCCCUUCCUGUGGAGGCACUUGCACGGGAGUCAACCAAGAAACCAAGCCAUGCGAUACCAGGCAGAUUUGCCCAACUCAUGGAAACUGGGGCAACUGGGGACCUUGGCAGCAGUGCUCCCAUACCUGUUCUGUAGAAGGCUCAGCUUCACAGCCUCAGCAACAACGAACCCGUCCGUGUAACAACCCUCCACCUUCUUUCAGUCCUCCAGGCAAUCCAUGUCCAGGAUCAAGCCGGGAAUCCCAAACCUGCACAGGACUGCCCUUCUGCCCACGGGAUGGCAACUGGGGCAGCUGGAAACCAUCCCAACCUUGCAGUGUGACCUGUGGGGUCGGCCAAGUCGUGCAGAAUCGUCAAUGUGAUAACCCUCCACCAAAGUAUGGAGGGAGGGCUUGCCUUGGGGCGGCUGAACGUAGACAACCCUGCACCAUCAAGGUGCCCUGCCCAGUGGAUGGUCAUUGGAGUGAAUGGGACGCUUGGCAAGAGUGUACCCGUCACGAAAUUGGUUUUGAAAUUAAGUGUGAGGAAAUCCCUGCCAUUCAGAGGAGAACUAGGAAAUGUAUUGGACGGCAUAAUGGGGGCAACCGUUGUCCAGGAUCUGGCAGGGAAUCCAGGGCCUGCUACCAUUUCGACGGAUGCAGUGUGACGGGACAAUGGACAACUUGGAGUUCUUGGGGUCUCUGUGAGCCAGCCUGUGGACCUGAACCUAAAAAGUCUCGUAAGAGAAUCUGCCAGGCCAUCUAUCCUAAUUUUCCAAAGGUGGUGGUAGGAGAGAACCAGAAGGAACAAAAUGUAACCUUUUGGGGAAAACCUAAACCUCAAUGUAAGCAGCUGGAAGGACAAAGCUUGGAAGUGGUGGAAGAAACACCGUGCCGUAAUGUGCCUCCUUGUGAAGACUGAUUCUGCAGAAAUGGAGUCUAAAAAUUGCUGUACUGGAAAUUCCUGCAAACCGUAAUAUAUGCGGCUGUGAGAAAUGCUGACUUUGCUUCCUAUUAUUUUUACACCCAUCAUCUACUGCUUUUUUAAUGAUUAAAUAAUCAUAGGGUAAUAAAUUACAUUGGACUUUUGUCUCUUCUAUGUACAGUAAAGGAGAAAAAAAAUGCA